AUGUGUGCAGAUGCAAUGACAGUUGCUCCCAUUUUUAAUCCACGAAUACGAUUCCUGAAAGUUCCCUCCAGUAUCUGCUCUCCUCUAACAGCUGCACGGGUCACAGAUGGUAUCAUUUUUGGGUCGUCCCAUCCUAAUGUAGUAAUUAUAUACAAGUCUGCAGUCUACAACUUUAAGGAGAGAAAUCAAAUACGCAAACUCUACUAUCUAUCCUACACUGAUGUCAACAUCCACCUGAUCUUCUCCAUCGGAUUGCCACGAACUUCUUUAGGCAAUGUGUUUCAAAGAGAUGGCUUUAACGUGACCCUACAAAGUAAAGCAGGACAAAGGCUGCUGGAGCAUUCGCGCUUUCCAUCAAGGGCGAAAACGCAGCUAAUCAGAGAAAUGCACAAAUACAAUGACCUGCUUGUUGGUGACUAUGAAGACUCCUACUUCAAUUUGACGCUGAAACAAUUCCACUCAUUCCAAUGGGCUGCUAGAUUUUGUCGACCCUACAAACCGACCUUCGUCUUUCUCGACGACGACUUUGCCGUAAAUACUGACAAGUUAGUUAACUUCGUUCGCAAUAAAACACGGGAGCAACUAGAAUCUUUGAACUACGGUUAUAAAAUGAAUGUGAAUCCUGUCGUUCGGUAUCCCAGUGAGUAUCCACAGUGGGCUCUCUCGAAGCGCGAAAUCCCUUGGCCAAUGCAUGCACCACAGUACUAUGGUAUGUACAGCUUGUGGAGCUACCGUCAUGUACACGACAUAGCCUUGGCGAUGCACUUCACCAAGCCUUUGGUCCUUGAAGAUACGUGGUUGGGGUUGGUACAGCACAAGCUGAACCUCACAUUCGCGAAGCUAAUAGGCAUGUUCUCCCAUAAUUCACUGAUGAGUAAACAAGUCAGAUGUUCUAAUAUCUUUUUCGCUCUCAUUAGCGAUCUCAGACUACGCCAUUGCAUCUCGCUAUCAUGUGCUUGUAGUGUCACCCAAAAUAUGAAUCAGCAGUCUAAGGAACUGUCUUCCCACAUGAGAGAACGCGAUCAACUUUCUUCAGAUUAUUGCCAUGCGGACAAUAGCUGCUUCGAAUGUCAUGAGGAAGAUAUCAGAGUGAUUCCUUUAGUUCUCUGUUGUGCCAAAUGUCUAAAUGGAAUUCUUUGGCAGACCAGCUUCAAAUUUUGCUUAUACCGCUUCUACACUCUCCUAGCACCGGUCCUGUACUGCUCCUGUGAAUCCGGCCUUAUCGAUGGACCUAUGCCAGUCUCUUUGUUUGUGUCUAAGGCGACUCAUCUUCGCCAAUGA